GGCUUCAACCACUUACUAGCAAAUUGCUGUUGGGAUGAAGCUUUGUAGCUUUGGAGUCCUGGUAGCCAUCUUCCUCUUGUGUGAGCAGCAUGUCUUCGCUUUUCAGAGUGGCCAGGUUUUAUCUGCUCUUCCUAGAACCUCCAGGCAAGUUCAGAUUCUGCAGAAUCUUACUACAACAUUCGAGAUUGUUCUCUGGCAGCCAGUAACAGCUGAAUUUAUUAAGAAGCAGAAAGAAGUCCAUUUUUUUGUGAAUAAGUCUGAUGUAAACAAUGUGAAAGCCCAUUUACAUGACAGCACAAUUCAAUUCAGAAUCUUGGUGGAAGAAGUGAAAGAUCUUAUCAAACAGCAAACUCUCAAUGACACGGUCACCCCCCGGACUUCCUCCUCAUACUAUGAACGGUAUCACCCACUAAAUGAAAUCUACUUUUGGAUGGAAGCCAUAACUAAGAACUAUCCUGAAAUGGUUGAAAAAAUCCACAUUGGAUCCUCAUACGAGAAGUACCCACUUUAUGUUUUAAAGGUUUCUAGAAAAGAACAAACAGCCAAAAAUGCCAUAUGGAUCGACUGUGGCAUCCAUGCCAGAGAAUGGAUCUCUCCUGCUUUCUGCUUGUGGUUCAUAGACCAUGUAACUCAAUCAUAUGGGAAAGAAACACCAUACACUGAUCUUCUGAUGCACGUGGAUUUCUAUGUGAUGCCAGUAGUUAAUGUGGAUGGUUAUGACUUUACAUGGAAAAAGAAUCGAAUGUGGAGAAAGAACCGGUCCUUGCAUGAAAAUAAUCGUUGCAUCGGAACAGACCUCAACAGGAACUUUGCUUCCAAACACUGGUGUGGGGAAGGUGCAUCAAGUUUCUCAUGCUCAGAAACCUACUGUGGCCUGUACCCUGAAUCAGAACCAGAAGUGAAGGCAAUGGCUAAUUUCUUGAGAAAAAACAUCAACCAUAUUAAGGCUUACAUCAGUAUGCAUUCAUACUCCCAGCAGAUACUGUUUCCAUAUUCCUAUAAUCGAAGCAAAAGCAAAGACCAUGAGGAACUGUCCCUAGUGGCCAGUGAAGCAGCCCGUGCUAUUGAGACUACUAAUAAAAAUAUCAGAUACACUCAUGGCAGUGGUUCAGAAACUUUAUACCUAGCUCCUGGAGGUUCAGAUGACUGGAUCUAUGACUUGGGCAUAAAAUAUUCGUUUACAAUUGAACUUCGAGAUAAAGGCAGAUACGGAUUCUUGCUGCCAGAGCGUUACAUCAAGCCCACUUGUAGAGAAGCUUUCGCCGCUAUCUCUAAAAUAGUUGGGCAUGUCAUCAAGAAUGUUUAAUGUCGUUAAUUUUUUCACUCUUCUCCCAUAUUUUAGUUUACUGGUUCCAACAGGACCAAAUCAUUGUACCCGUUCUUCUGAAAUUUGAUCAGUAGUUUUGAGAAAAGGUUUUCCUAUUCUUUGCUUUUGUCACAGAACAAAAUAAAUGUUACCUUAAAAUUAAGGCAGAAAAAGGCUCACAUUUCUUUUUCCUUUUUAAAAAAUUUGUAAGAGGCUAGAUAGAGAUUUUGAUUCAGGAUGUCUGACUACCCACCUCAAGCAAUUUUAAUAACUAGUUUCUUGCAGAUCAUUGGACCACAAAAGGAAAGGUGGUUAGAAGUACGUUAAAGAUUUCUGCUCCAAAUUUUCAGUGAACUGCUUGCGCCUUUAAAAACACAGCCGUGUAUGCUUUGCUCCACAGUAAUAAGCGAUGGCCCAGAUAGCGGAAUGUCAAAAACAGGACAAAUAUCCCCUGUCACUGCUCAGUAAACAUUGUUGAGCAAAUGAAUGAACAGCUGUAGUUAUUUUCAACAACAGAUGUGGCAUUUACAACAGCUGUUUAUUGUAAGAAGUUAUGUAAUAAAAGAAGUAAA